AUGCAGAGUCCAGGCUGCAAGGCGGGACUUGACUACACAAAGCUGAGGGACCUCCUAGCAGAGGGCAAGUUCCAGGAUGCUGACGAUGAAACUCGCGCAGUGCUCAUAAAGCUAGCAGGUCCAGGAGCCGUGGACAGGAAAUGGGUGUACUUCUCGGAGGUGAAGUUCAUCCCCGAGCAGGACCUGAGGGUGGUUGAUGCGCUGUGGCGCGCGGGCAGCGACGGAAAAUUCGGCUACAGCGCGCAGAAGGAGCUGUGGGUCCAGAACAGGCGCUACUGGGAGCGCCUAUUCAAGGUCAUCGAUUGGACGCACGGCGAGCACAACUUCUACAGGAAAUGGCCAGCUGAGUUUGACUACUCAAUCAACGCACCCAAGGGGCACCUGCCGCUGACCAAUUGCCUGAGGGGCACUCAGCUGUUCAAGGCCAUUCUGGAGCACCCAGCCUUCGAGCGGCCAGCAGAAAAUGACUCCUCCUCACCCCAGCCCGACUGGCUCAAUCAGACAGAGACCAAGCUCUCAUUGUGA